AUGUUACAAGAUUCAAACGCUGACUUUGAUGUUUUGUCGCCAAUUCCAACCGAUCCACCGCCCCAAUUGUUUGACCGUCAUGAACACGUCAUAAAACCAACUCGUUUAGAUCUUAGAGCAGGGAAUCAAACAAAACCAAUACCAACUAAUAAAUUUUAUGACAACUUAAUAUUAGAUAAUGGACAAAAUCCUAUCUGGCCGUUGCCUUAUGGAUUGAGAUGGGAGCAAGGACAAAAUGGCGAUUUUUAUGGAUUCAGUGUUUCUCACGUUGAUGAUUAUAAGAAGGUUUUUGGACCAGACCCAAAUCAAGAUCCUGCAAAAUUUUACUAUAGUAUAUACACCCCAACUAUCGUAUUCUCGGCCAAAGAACUUGGAAGUGACCAUAAGCUUAGCUUAUCGGACAUGUCAGGAUUCUCUUUAACCAUCAACCUAUUUCCUCAUAGUUACACCAGCUCUUAUAUCUCCUUUCCGAUCUCCCGUGGAAUGUCAUUUAUCACAGCAGAAUAUAAAGACUUAACUCCGUUAUUCCAUUCAGAAUCGGGAUUUAAAACAAUAGAGUUACCGCAGAAAAUUGCUAAUGGAUAUACUAAAUGGAAGAUCCUUUUAAAUGAUGAUAGUGUGUGGUUGUUGUAUGCUAGUGGAAACUUGACAUUGGCAAGCUCAUCGAACCAAUUGGAAGCUACCUCGGGACAAUAUUCAGGGAUUAUUCAAGUGACUAAAGUGCCCGCUGGAAAUCAGGAAGCCGAAUCGGUGUUUGAUAAACAUACUGGAAUUUAUCCAAUUGGUGCUGACCUUCAAGCUAGCGCUAACGGGUGCGCGCUAUCUCAAACCUCAAUCGAACUUGCCACUCCCACAAAAGGCAAAGCUAUAGCAUACAUUGGCAAUAAAUGGACAUUUAUUGAACCAAAUUUACCUAUCAAUAUUGAAUUCUUACCAAAAAAUUGUCAAUCAAGGUUAUCCACCGAUAAAAAAACACAGAUUUUGGAACAAGCGAAAAAAGAUUUGGAGUUGGAUUUUAGUAAUGAAACCUCAACGGAUUCAACAUAUUUUUCGGGAAAGAGGCUAUCGAAAUUUGCCCUUUUGUGUUUGGUUUUGAGCGAAGGACUGGAUGAACCAAACCUUGGUGCUACUUGCGUUGAUAAACUUAAGAAUCAGCAACAAGCGAAACUAGUUUAUGAUACUACAUGGAAAGGAAUUGUUUGCGUCGAUGGACUCACGAAAGAUGAAGAAUGGGGAAAACAAAAUGAAGAUUGGGUUUAUAAUUUAAUUCGUGAUGUUGCAAAUCCUUCCGAAGAAGAUUCAUAUUUCCCCGUAUUUCGAUCCUUUGAUUGGUUUAACGGGCAUUCAUGGGCAAAAG